AUGGAGUCGGGUUUUGAAUUCAACGACACCAUAGAAAGGGCAUCCAUGACAGCUCUUACUGAGCUAUGUGAGAACCACAAGGUGGAGAGAAUAUUUAAUCAGAGGCAGAAGAACAAAGAUGCUAAGAUGGAAGUGAUGGGUUCCCGGUAUGACAAGGAGAUGUACAAGAAGGUGGCAAUGGCAAGGGAGCAUGAGAUGGAAAAGGCAAUGUGGUUCCGCCACACGCGCCCCCUCCAAAAUUUCUCUCCGCGCGCGUCCCCGUCCACCGCCUGCUCCAAAUCGGCCACCGCGCCCCCUCAAAAAUGUUGCCGUGCCACUGGCCAUCUGGAUAACCCGCUGCCUCCCGCCGCACCUCCACCCGCCACCUCCCGCCGCUGCCUCCUGCGCCGGCCCUGCACCCGCUACCUCCUACGCCACCCCACCAACCCGCCGGCCCUCCACCCAUUGUGCUGCCUCCUGUGGCGCCCCUCCAACCCGCCGACCCUCCACCCGCUGCGCUGCCUCCUACGCCGCCCCUCCAACUCGCUGUGCUGCCUCCUGCGUUGUGCUGCGUCCUGUCCCCCAACAUGGAGGGAGGAGGAGAUGAGCUGGGGCCGGCCCCGGUCCCCAGCGUGGGUGGCGGCGGCGCAGGCGUGGGGGGCGCCUGUCGUAUCGCAGGUAGUCGGCGUGGCUGCCUCAAGCGGCUCCAAAAGGAGUACCACACGCUCUGCAAGGUUGCAGGAGCUGCUGCCGCAGAUCGUGGCUCGCCCGCUGCCCAACGACAUAUUGGAGUGGCUUCAGCCUGAGUCUUGGAAUCCAAUGUGGUCUGCAACAAGGUGAGGAUUCACGAAGUUGAAGCCCCCACGGAACUCCCGGCAAUUUGACUUCGGGAAGGUUCCGUGGCCAAAAGCCGAAGUUAGCUGACUUCGACCGAAGAAGGCGGAAAACUUACGGAAGCUUGCUCAGCCCCGACGAAGCUUACGAAUGGGGAAGGAAGUAAUCAAGACAGCCCUAGGACCACAUUACAGUAGGAUAAUUUUGUAAUAAGAAUCUUGGAGAGGGUUAGAAAUGUAAUCCCACUGUGAAAGCGAUAUUUUGAGUAGGGGCCAAGUUACUGUCCUGUACGGAAUAUACCUAGGAUGUAGUUGUUGGGUAUGGGUAUAACGGAAAUGUGGAAAUGUAACUUUAUGGUCCUAUAAAGGGAGAUGAACCGUCCCCCCGAGGGACGGUCAUUACACAUUGAUAAGAUAGCUACUAUAAUAGUUGCUUGAGCAGUUAUUGUCUUCGUC